GGCGGUCAGAGUUGGGGGCCCCAGGCGGCCGUCGACCUACGCCUAAUGGUAAAACCGCCACUGAUGAGACACGGGGGUCCAAGCUAGCCCACCCUGGACCCACCAUAGAACCACCCCUGGCUGUUUUAAUCGUGUGUAAUUUUUUUUUGUCUAUUUAAAUAAAUUGUUUUGGGUGAGUCACAGACUGGAUCACCUGUUGAAUAAGGAUCUUUCCGAGACUAUUUUACUACUAAACUCAACAAAUGACUGUAGCUGAUGUGUUUAACUUGAGUUGGUUAAUGUGGUACAGGCGACUUCUGCAAAAACAAAAGUAUUCCUAGUUCCUCUGCUUCAAUGUUUUGUAGAUUUUAGCUGAACACAUCCUGAAGGCUGGGCGUCGAGUCAAGUGGGGAGACCGUUUUCAGGGGCAACACAUCUCGACAGAACACCGGGCGGAUAUUUGCCUACAUCAAUACAAAUGUUAACCAGCUUUAACAAGCACGGGCUCGCGCGCUGCUUGUACAGAUUAGGUUGCUUUGUCGGAAGUUGCGAGUCAGAACGCGCACGCGCCACCACACACACACACACGUACGCACGAGGAGGAGAGGGAGGAGAAGCCGAGCGAUGAGGGGAGGGAGAAGAGGGGAGAAGGCGCUCCGGUUACUUUCUCCCAGGCUCCGGCCGAGCCUGUGUGGUCUCUCCGGCGCUUGUUACCAAGGAAAUGGAUGUGUUGAAUGAACCCGCGGUCCGGGGAGAGCAGUGCCCCUCGCCCCCUCGCUACCAGCCCGCCGUGUUUACUGGAAUUACCCGGAACAACGUGACUCGUCGGCUCCAGCUCUGCACCAGCCGCGUCCAGCGGAGCCGCAGCUGAAAUACUGGGGGAUCUAACUGGCAGCUGGUGCACCACCAAAGGAGAAGAGGAAGGCAUCGGGGCAGAGGGGUCGACGAGCCCGGCUGGCGCUGGGUGAAUGCUGCGUGAAGAGGACAGUGGCUGAGGCAGCGGAGGCACAAGCCUGACAAGCAGCAUGGCAUCUACUGGCAUGCAGAUAUUUGGAUUUGUCCUGGCGCUUCUGGGCAUCUUGGGUGCCACGGUGGCCACCCUGCUGCCCAACUGGAAGGUCAGAGCGGAUGUGGGUUCUAACAUCAUCACGGUGAUCUCCCAAAUGCAGGGGUUGUGGAUGGACUGCAACUGGUACAGCACCGGCAUGUUCAGCUGCACACUUAAGUAUUCGGUGCUCUCACUUCCUGCCUACUUGCAGACUGCUCGCACCACCAUGGUGCUGUGCUGCGUUCUAGCUGCCAUGGGUCUCUGCCUGGCAUCCCUGGGACUAAAGUGUACACGCUGGGGAGGCGGACGACGCUCCAAGCGGCAUGCCGCCAUCGCCAGCGGUGGCUGCUUUGUUGCUGCGGGUUUUCUGUGUCUGGUGCCUGCUUCGUGGUUCACCAACGAGGUCAUCACCAACUUCCUGGACUCCAGUGUGCCCGAGAGCAAUAAGUUUGAGCCUGGGGGCGCUGUGUACGUGGCCUUUGUUUCGGCGGGUUUCCUAUUUGUUGGAGGGUCCAUCUUCUGUAUGUCCUGUUCGGGGAAGCGGCACGGUCCGCAGGACCUGAUCCUGCUCCCACAUCCUGAUAAAUUACUGCUCCAGCAGCAGCAGCAACAGCUGCUCCAGCAGCAGCAGGAGCUCCAGCACCAGUACUGCUCCCUCUCCCCGUUAGACAAUAAGACUGGCUACAGCCUGCAGGACUAUGUAUAAUAAAGCACCGCUGUGUACGCAGCCAUCGGCUAAAGGAAGACGAGCCUAAGGGGAAACCAUCACAGCUCACGCUACGUGCUGGAUUUUACUUCAGACUGAGGUGGAGAACAGGAGAGAGAGGAGGGCAACAACUUUGAAUUAAUUUCUCCUUCGUUUCCAUCUUGCUCGCCUCCUUUCCCCUCCUGUUUUGCAAGCACAAGCGGUGGAGGUAUUCCCUAAGCAGCGCCUUGGAACAAACGGCGAGAGUUUGUAUGGAGCUGCUGCAGAAACGAAGGAAGCCCCAAACAAAUGCAGCCUUCACCAGUAAAUCACAAUAAGCGCUCCCCAGGGAAUGGAUUAAGCAAAUAAGGAAGCCUUCCAUGUAGAAUUUAUUUUUUAUUUAUUUUGCCCUCACCAAAGGUUUGAACCGAGGGCAAACAAGCAAUCAUUUAGCUGCUAUUUACAAUCGUUAGUAUCCCAUUUGACAAAACUAGGCAAUAGAAAUGCAGAAUAAAAGAAUAGUUGUAAGUUUUUAGAAAGCAACCCGGAACUGACUGAAAUAGACGGUCGUAUUUUUGCUAGCUGCUAGAAGGAUGUCGAUAUUUUGCCUCUAAAGCAUGCCGCGUGGAGCCUGUCUGCGUGUAGAUACAGUGGAAUGCCUGGUAGAAGACUGAACCACACAAUGCCUGUGCCUGAAAAGCUGUAGAAACAUUACCCUGCUCUAACUGUUCAAAGAGGACUGUCAGGAGGAGGAGUGGGCUGGAUUUAACCGAAAACGCGGGCAUGUUGUCGCCUGCAGGUGGAAAUAAGAGAGAGAUGGAGAGAAAUUGUCUGGAUGAGAUUGUGGGACAAUCGUUUUUAGUGUUCCUGUCCUGACAACCUGUGUGUAGGUAGCGUCCACCCAUCACAAUCCGUCCCAAACACACACACCUACCCGUCAAAGUGUGUCUUUUAUGUACACAGUAGCCGCUCUUCUCUCCCGUCAUUCGCCUCUGCACUGCCAUGGAAACUAAACGCACUAUCUGAAUGUCUUUUAUUGUCUGGAGGGGUGGGGGGGUGGUAUCUGCAUGUCAGUCACAGAAGUUGAAAAGGAGGCAUCUUUUCCCUCUUGCCAUGGCGUGCAAAGGCCUCUGCUCACACUAAUCCCAUUUAUUAGGUGGGUAUUUAUAAAAAUACCAUUUGUUCUGCGGUUUUGGAGACCUUCGUCUCGUCCCUGGAAGCAUUCCCACAUGGAUGUACAGAUAUUUAAUAGUGCCGUGGCACCGGGGCAGAAGAUGAGAAGCUUCUCGAGUGGAGCUGAAAGCCAGCCGUGUAGCCAGCUUCUAAAAAAGGUUUGAGUCAUUCUCCAUAUGUGACUUGUUUUCCAAGUGCGUCAGCAGCACGCGUAUGCUGCCAGUCCCCACCUGCAGAAGGUCUCAGUGUCUUAAAUUGCAUCCACUUGACUAUCUUACCAGUCGUCCUAACUCGCCCCUCCCCUCCCGCCCCGUCGGUGUCACGACGUCACAUGGAUGUGAUCUCUGAGGGGAGAACACUGAUGCAUGUUGAAAGCAUGUCCUCCUGAAAUGCACAACCCCCCCUCCCCACCCCCAACUACUCAUGUGUCAGCUGCAUGGCUGUGUGUGUGUGUGUGUGUGUGUGUGUGUGUGUGUUACUCUGAGGGGAGGAUCAGGCUGGGAUAUAUAGAACUGCACAUUCUCUCCUCCUCUCUAUUAAACCUGCAGCUUCCUGGGGAAGAGCAGAUGGCUGAGCUCAGACCGCCACCUGCAGGCUGCUGCCAGCACACCACAGGCUCCUCUGUGGGCCCCGCUGGAGGUUCUCGGCAGCCCGGUGGGGGCCAGGUUCCCGCCGCACCCUGCUCAGCUCAGACCUGACUCGGCCUCCUGACAGUAACCCCCUGCCCAGGCGACAUAACCGAUUAAUGCAAUAAAAACAAAGUAAAGAAUGUGCCAUGUCAUCAGCUAAUAACACAGGAUGUGUUUUAGAGAAUGUGCCAAAUUGUGUCACGAUGACAGGUUUUAAUGUUGUCUGUAACUUUUUUGGUUUAUUUUUUUAUUAAGUUGUUUAUACAUGAAUUAUGCAUUUGAAAAUGAUUUGUUCUGCCAAACUAAAUCAACUAGAUGCUUGUGUACAGUCCUGUGUGGCUUUCGAGGGUUGCUUUUUAAAUUCUCUAUCUCAUUCCCCAAAGCACAGCUAGACUUCACUGGGUACGAGAGUUUCACACGGCAGGUAGGUGUGUGUGUGUGUGUGUAAGCUUCUAAAAGACAUGUUUGCCAGGAAAUCCGCUUCACAGUGUGUGUGUGUGUACGUACACAAGCAUCUAGGAUUUUAGGAAGAUUUGUUUCCACUGAGGGAUCAAUAGUCCUUCAGACUGUUUCAGUACAGCUACACCGUAUUCAUACCAUAUCUUCUUUAUAAGAAGUCUACUCAGUGCACUUUUACUUUGUGUUACGACCUAACAGCAGUUUUGGCUUAACUAACCGAGCACUUCCUGCUCUCUGGACCAAUAGGAACACAUAACAAGCGGCACUCUGGACAAAAAAAAUGGAGCAUUUUCUGUCUGACGGGAUUCAGCAGGAACCGCCGGCUAGAGAGUCCUAUUCUUUGUUGCUGUGCAGCUUAAUCCUCAGUACGCAGUUUUAUUUGCUUACAAGUGGCCAGAGUGCAAUGCGACUUGGGCUAAAAGAUCUAGAGAGUUACAACUCUCCUGCAUAAACUGUACCGAGAUGUUGUUUAUUAUUUUGACUACUGCAGCUUAUUUUUGUGAAUGCUUUUAGCACUUCUUACUUUGCCAGAGCAUAUUAGUGAUGAUGAGCAGUUCACAAGUUCUGAUACAGUUGUCUCAAUGUGCUUGUGCAAGUAGUUCUAUUUUUUACCAAUAAAACUAUUUUGUGGAAGCAAAGCUC